ACGGCUCCAGGUGGACGGUGGGGGUGGGAGGGGUGCUCAGAUGGUGUCUGCCAGGAACUGCCCACUGCAAGGGAUGAUGGAGCAGUGCUGUCCUGAGCAGGUGGACUCGCCCCCCUGGGAUUUUGGUGGUGGGUCUGUCUGGUGCUUGCCUUCUCUCUCCUGCACCAAACUCGCCUCCACGCAGCUUCUGAAAAGGCCCUCCAGCCUGCUUGGGCCCCCUGUCUGACUGCCUCUAACCUUGCUGCUUUCUCUUCAUGCUGUCCUAGGAGAUCAAAGCGAAAGUAAGUACCCAUCUGCUGCAUGCCCUCUGUGUCCCCUUCAUCUGAGCCAGGGGCCCCCAACCCAGCUGUCGCUGCGCCUAGGAAGUCCCAACACCUGUGCGGCUUGAGAAGUGGCCCCUUCUCUGAGCAGAGCCUGGUCUGAUGUCGGGAGCCGAGGACAGCGUUUAGGCCAGUAGGGUCUGGCAGGGCUUCAGUGCUGGGAGGGAGCGAGGCGUCAGCUUACUGGGUGGAGCCGAAGGGGCCAGCCCUGCCUGAUCUGCACUGCUCUGUGAGGAUCCACGGGGAGCUUGGCGCUGGAGAGGUUGGGGGCAGACAAGCCCUGCCUGGUAGGUCAGCAGUCCCUCAGGGACAAUGGGUGAUGUCACAAUGCCCUGCCUCCUGGGCACACGCUCCUGCCUCCCAUCACUGCCUCUGCCGCCAGCCUGGCCUUGGUAAGCGCUGCUGCUGGCCUGAGGGGGGAAGCGGGUGCAGGGGGGAGGCCUGGGGCCUCUGUCCGCAGCCCUGGCUCCUUGCUGGGAUGUCACCAGACCUGUGGCACAUGCCAUUAGAGGCCCCUGAUACGCCCCUUCAGAGUACGAGGGGAACCUUUGCGAAGUCCCAGGCGGGCACAAGACUCAAAACCGCAACACGGCCCUCAGGGUGACCGGAACCAGGUUUCGGUUCAGUGUGGGGGGGUUAGGAAAGGGACAGAGACCCUGCAGUGAGUGGUGAGCAGGGUCUGCCAUCCAGGCUGAAAGGCAGCCCCCACUGAGACCUUGUCUCUUGGGGAUGAGGGCCCAGCAGGUGGAGGCCCUGUGGGCCGGCGGAUCCACCAUCCCUUAUGCUCCACCAAACGGCCCCGUAGAAGCAGAGGACUGCAGGAGUUUCCCGAGGGCAAGCUGCUCAGCCCCUGGCAGGUCAGCUCUGGCUGUUAGUCAGUCUGCCCCAGUGCUUCUGCUUUGGGGAACAGGGCAGUUCUGUGGCUGGGAAGGAAUCCCUGUGCUGGGUCAAAGCCAUCCCUCUAGAACAGGCCGCCCAAGUGUGAGCUUGGGGACCCCUAGGUGCGUACUAAGAGCAGACUGGCCCCCAGGGCUUUCUGGGCCUGAACCUUUCCUGGCCAGAGGCCACAGUGGCCCAGACCCCUCGGUGCUGGUUGAGUGGGGUGCUGGUUGAGUGGGUUGCUGCCUUAGCAUUCUGGGCUGGCCAGCAGAGUGGGGGCCAGCCUUUCCAUAGCACCACGUCUGGGAGCAGAGUAGGGAACCCCUGUACCAGGAGUAAGAUUGGCAUGUGGCAUGGGACAAGGCUGUUGCCUCGUGUGGCGGAUGGCGCAUGCUAGCUUGCAUGGGGGCAGCAGAUGACCAAGGCCACUCUCAGCUAGAGGGAACACCACCUCCAGCGAGGAAGCUGCGGCUCCCAGGGCAGAGGCUUGUCCAUGGGCCACAGCAGCCAGUGGGCUGCAGAGUCCCCUCGCCUGCCUUUCACAGAACUGGUGCUGAAACGAGGGGAGGGGUCCCACGUGGUCCCUUUAGUUUAGGUGCAGCCAAAGGCGUGAGCUGAUUGCUUCCCAGUGAGGAGGCGGCUGCAGCUGACCAAGGAGCCUGGUUCCUACUUGCUGCCUGAGACACUGGGCUCCUUUCCUGUUAGACGGUCACCAGCACCCUCCCUGGUGUCUCCCCUGAUGUGGCCUUGAGGGAGUGGGCACUCUACCUUCUGCUCUAGGCUGCCCACUCAGAGACUGUCCUUUGGCCCAGACCCUCAGCUGCUCCCCCUGGAGCGUGCACUGCUCUGCUAUGGCAGUGUGGCCGUGGCGGGUGUAGGGGGCCGUCCUGAGACAGCCGGGUGCAUUUGUGUAUGAGAGAAGCACUAGGAGCGCCUCAGGGCAGGCGGUCUGACUUAGCAAAAACAUGGGAUGUCCAGGUGAAGUUUCAGAGGAACAGGGAGGAACUUUUCAGUAUAGGUGUGUCUCAAAUAUGUCACGGGGCCUACUUAUUGUAAAAAUUAUUUGCUGUUUAUGUGGAAGUCAGAUUACCUGUGUCCUGUAUUUUACCUGGUGUCCCUCCUCGGAGGCUCUGUGGACAGAGAGGUUUGGAAACCGUGUUCCCGGGACGCCUGGAAGAGCCUAGGUGCAUGUUGGAUCGGCAGAGACAAGUUUUGCAGUUCAAAGAACACACAUGUGCACAUACACGUAUAUGUAUGUGGCGUGUUCGCUGCUUUAUUGAGCUCCCCAUGGGUUUGACUGUGGGCCCUUGCAUGCUACCUCGUGGCACCCCCACUGGGGAGCAUCCCCAGACCCUGCCAGCCCUGCCGGUCAGGCUGAGGGGCUGCAGGGGUGCUGUCUGCGGGGCCCACUGUGUUGCAACUGCCUUCUUGUGCUUGCCUUUAACGCUGCGUGGAAGAUGAGGAGCGGGAAGACCUCCUGUGCCCUGGAGACCGUCUGGGAGGACAAGCAGAAGUAUGGGGAAGCCGAGCGGCGCUUCUACGAGCAUGAGGCCACGCGAGCUGCCGCCGCUCAGGAGCUCGUGGCCGAGGCACCAGCCGUGAACGGGCCUGGUUGGGAGGACACUGAGGAGGCUGAGGAGGCCGACACCCCCGACAGCGGCAGCGGGGGUGACCCUGGGAAGAAGCCCCUACAGAAGAAGAGGAAGCGCUCCCCGAAGAGCGGGCUCGGCCAGGCGGACCCGGCUCUCGUGGGCCUCUCGGCCGACCACGUCUGGCUGGACAAACCACUUUUCGACCAGGCGGAGAGCUCCUACCGCCAGAGGCUGGCAGACAUGGCCGCCCAGGCCUCCCAGCCGCCGGCCCUGGCCCCCCGAGGUCCCUGCACCCACGGAAGCCACGUGGCCUGCCACCACGUGACCUGGGGCGUCUGGGUCAACAAGUCUUCCUUCGACCAGGCCGAGCGGGCAUUCGUGGAGUGGUCUCAGGCCCUGCUGCUGGCUGCAGAGGGGAGCGGCAGGCAGGGGGCUCCUGACACGGGCCAGCGCGAGGCCAGCCCUGACCAGGCCCUCGCCCACCGGCCCAGCCCACCGGCCAAUGGCCAGCCCCCGCUGGGAAACCUGCAGGCACUGGUGCGGGAGGUGUGGCUGGAGAAGCCCCGGUACGACGCGGCCGAGAGGGGCUUCUACGAGGCCCUGUUUGACGGCCACCCCCCCGGGAAGGUGCGCCUGCAAGAGCGCACCAGCCAGGCUGAGGGCGCCAGGCGGGGCCGCAAAGACCGGCGGGGCCGCAACACCUUGGGGAGCAAGCGGGCCGGGCCACGGCGGGCCGACGGGGAGGCCCCCUCCUCUUUGCCCUACUGGUACUUCCUGCACAAGGACGCCGAGGCCCCCUGGCUCAACAAGCCUGCCUAUGACAGCGCGGAGUGCCGCCACCAUGCUGCAGAGGCCCUGCGCAUGGCCUGGCGCCUCGAGGCCACAUCACUCACUCACCGACCCAGUGCCCGGUCUGGCGCAUCCAUGUCCAGCCUGCGACCCAACAGGAAAAUGGCCACAAACUUCCUAGUGCACGAGAAGAUCUGGUUCGACAAGUUCAAAUACGAUGAUGCAGAGAGGAAAUUCUACGAGCAGAUGAACGGGCCUGUGGCUGGCUCCUCGCGCCAGACUUGGUUCUUUCUGCACUGUCUGCAGGAGAACGGCGCCAGCGUGAUCCUCCGAGACAUUGCGAGAGCCAGAGAAAACAUCCAGAAAUCCCUGGCCGGAAGCUCUGGCCCUGGGGCCUCCAGCGGGCCUGGUGGAGACCACAGUGAGCUCGUCGUCCGGAUUGCCAGCCUGGAAGUGGAGAACCAGAGUCUGAGAGGCGUGGUGCAGGAUCUGCAGCAGGCCAUCUCCAAGCUGGAGGCCCGGCUGAGUGCUCUGGAGAAGAGCUCACCUGCUCACCGGGCUACAGCCCCGCAGACCCAGCACGUGUCUCCCAUGCGCCAAGUGGAGCCCCCCACCAGGAAGGCCGCCACCGCCACAGAGGAUGACGAGGACGAUGACAUCGACCUGUUUGGCAGCGAUGAGGAGGAAGACAAGGAGGCCGCUAAGCUGCGGGAGGAGAGGCUGCGGCAGUACGCUGAGAAGAAAGCCAAGAAGCCCGUGCUGGUCGCCAAGUCCUCCAUCCUUCUGGAUGUCAAGCCCUGGGAUGACGAGACGGACAUGGCCCAGCUGGAGGCCUGCGUGCGCUCCAUCCAGCUGGAUGGGCUGACCUGGGGCGGCUCCAAGUUGGUACCUGUGGGCUAUGGCAUCCGCAAGCUGCAGAUCCAGUGUGUGGUGGAGGACGACAAGGUGGGGACUGACCUGCUGGAAGAAGAGAUCACCAGAUUCGAAGAGCACGUGCAGAGUGUCGACAUUGCUGCUUUCAACAAGAUCUAAGACCUGGCCGUGGGCCUGAGCGUGUGAGGCCCUGCAGCCAUUAAAGACUGAGAUUCUGGC